UAUUAGCCAGGCUAAAUCUGGGAGAUUAUCGGAAAAUAGAGAAAGUGCUCCUUCAGCUAUAGUCCCUCCCUCCACCUUCGAAUUCAUGUGCACAUUGCUGGAGUUGGCCUGUGUUUUCUGUUUCUGGUGUUCUAAAGAGGGGUUUGUCUGAUUCAUUAGGACAUGGAUUUGUUUUCCAGUUUCUUACAGUAACAGUGAAAAGACAGUUUGGAUUCUCCUACUUCAAAGUUUCCCAAGUCAGGUGAGAGGCAGUGUGCUGUCUUGUAUCUGACUGAAAAUGAUGGGUGACCCGGCAGAGGACAGAGGGAAGCUGACCAGCCAACAGGAACUGUGUGUCCCUGACAAGGUCACCAAACAACCCUGCUUUUCCACACUCAAGCUCUUCAUCGUGGCCCUGUCGUUUGCCUACUUCUCCAAGGCUUUGUCAGGGACCUACAUGAAGAGUGCCAUCACCCAGAUAGAGAGACGCUUUGACCUGUCCAGUUCUCUUAUUGGACUCAUAGAUGGCAGCUUUGAGAUGGGUAACCUGCUUUUCCUGGCUGUGGUCAGUCAUUUUGGAGCAAAGCUGCACCGGCCCAGGCUCAUCGCUAUGGGUUGCUUCCUCAUGGCUUUAGGAUCCUUCCUUACAGGCCUGCCACACUUCUUCAUGGGACGCUACACAUUUGACACUGUCAUCCAAGGUGCCUCAGUGAAUCAAAGUGUGAGUCCAUGCCUGGAUCCACUAAAGGAGACGGAGGUUCCAGAGGUCCAGAUAUCCUCUGACCCAGACUGCAUGAAGGACUCCAGCUCCCACAUGUGGAUUUAUGUAUUUUUGGGGAACGCCCUGAGAGGGAUAGGGGAGACCCCCAUCACCCCACUAGGCAUUUCCUAUAUCGAUGACUAUGCUAAAGCUGAAAACUCUGCUUUUUACAUUGCAUGUCUACAGACCAUCACUCUGCUAGGUCCUAUGUUUGGUUUCCUGCUGGGCUCGCUGUGUGCCAGACUCUACGUAGACAUUGGUUAUGUCAAUCUGGAGAGUGUGACCAUCACUCCCAAAGAUGCCCGCUGGGUGGGUGCCUGGUGGUUGGGUUUCCUGGUUUCCUCUGUUAUCAUGCUCCUGUCAGGCAUCCCUUUCUGGUUCCUGCCCCGCUCACUGCCCAAACAGGGACAGGAGGGAGAGUUGUCCCCCAGCACCACUACUCAGGACAGGCCAGGGAACGGCCAUGCCACCCCACAUCAGACCAUGAGACUGGCUGAAAUCGCAAAAGGUUUCAUACCGUCGCUGAAGAAGCUGUUGAGCACGCCGGUAUACUUCCUGCUUCUGUGUGGCAGCAUCCUGAAGUUCAAUUCCUUCAUUGGCCUGCUGACAUUUAAAGCCAAGUACAUGGAACAGCAGUUUGGCCAAUCAGCAGCUAGAGCCAACUUCCUUAUUGGUGUGUUGAACCUGCCUGUGGUGGCGUUGGGGAUAUUCCUGGGGGGCCUUCUGAUGAAGAGGUUUAAGCUCGGCGUUGUGUCUGGAGCUCAGCUGUCCUUCGUCACAUCCUUCAUCGCCUACCUCAUCCUCCUCCUCCAGUUUGGCACCAAGUGUGACAACGUUCGUGUGGCAGGACUGACCAUAUCAUACAACGGGACCCCUGGUGUUGUGUACAACGGAAAGCUGCUGUUGUCUGAGUGUAACAGGAAGUGUUCCUGUUCGGCAGGCGAAUGGGACCCUGUGUGUUCGGACAACGGGAUCACCUACACCUCCCCUUGCCUUGCCGGCUGUUCUGACUCCACAGGAUACGGCAAGAACACGGUAUUCCACAACUGUAGCUGUGUGUUGUAUUCGCCUGCACCAGGGGGCAGUAUGUCAGUAACAUUAGGUCAGUGUCCUCGCAGACCAGAGUGCAGCCGCAGCUUUUCUUUCUACAUGGCUGUGUCGGUGCUCAGCUCCUUCAUCAACUCCCUGGGGACCACGCCUGGCUACAUGGUCAUAAUACGGUGCAUCAAACCCGAACUUAAAUCUCUGGCAUUAGGUAUCCAAACCUUGGUGAUGAGAACCCUGGGGGGUAUUCCAGCACCCGUGUAUUUUGGAGCUUUGAUUGACUCAACAUGUUUGAGGUGGGGAAUCAAGAAAUGUGGAGGAAGAGGUGCCUGUCGAAUGUAUGACUCCAAUAUGUACAGGGUGAUCUUUAUAGGCCUGAUCACAUGUCUCAGUGGCUGCUCUUACUUUUUCAUCAUCCCAGUCAUCAUCCUGCUUAGAAAACAGUUUAAGAGGGAGGGUGACGACCCGAUCGGACACCCUCACCACACGUCACCAGAGAUGGAACUUCAGACUCCACCAGGAUCCACUGACCGCCCCGACGUGCCAAAGGACAAGACGGUGCUCCCCCCCGAGGACACAGAGCAGCCCCACAUGGCCAGACAGAUCAGACUCCCAGAGGGAGAUGGGGAGGGAAAGACGGUGGGGAACUCUCUCCAAACUCACAAAGCCGGAGAGGAAGAGGAACUACCCAAGACCCUGGAAGCAAGAGAAAGGGGCCAGCCUGGGAAUCACAGCCAUGGAGAUGAACUGGAGGAGGAGGUGGAGAAAGGAGAAGAGGCGAAGGAGGAGGAGGUUACCCCGGUUGUUAUCCCCCCUGCUCCUGUGGGCAUGCAAGAAGAGGGGAAGUCUUCUCAGCAGGUCAACGGGCUGGUUGAAUACGGACGCCCCCAGGAGACAGAGAACCUACAGAGUUUACAGACAAUGGAGUGAUAAACAAAUAACAUCCAGUGACUGGCAGUCCAAUGGGAGAGAACACCUUGUUAAUGAGAGAGGCCAGAUGAGAAUGGUCAGACUGAUAGCUGACAGAAAGACCACAUCAAGAUCUUGAACUCAAAAUGGUGACCUCCCGAAUAAUAGAUGUAUCUAGUGAAGUGGCCAAUGAGUAUACAAGCUACAUAUGACUGUAAAGAAAUACAUUCAGUUUUUUCAAUGAAGUCCAGUAAAAAUUUUCAGCUUUUAAUUAUAAUGCAAUGCUACCUACAGCAAUAAUGUGAGACUUUGUGAUAAACAAUUAAGGUGUUUUACUUACGUAAUGACUUAUUCAUAAACUACUGAUUGUAAUUUUCUAACAAUUGUGUGAUGUGUUUAUAUUCGCCAUGUUGCCAGAAAAAAAUUUACAUUAGGACAUGCAGCCAAUCCUGUAUUUCUGUAAU